GUGACGGGGAGCCUUGGAUCGCGCACAGGUGGUACAGGACUUGCAAUAGUCCCGGACAAAGAGUCGGAGUCCGGGCUAGGUGUAUUCCCGGAGGACCAGGGCUUGAGUCUUGUUCUGGCCCCAGUGACCGGCAGUCGGGUGGUCGUCGUAGGCCCGGAGGACUCGGAGGCAAAGGUCGUCAGAGUCCAGUACGUAGAUUCGGCUGUUAAGCCGGAGGAACCCUUCUUCAUCUUUGGACCAACGGGGGUUGCCUUCGGAGGCCAACUUAUGGCUGCGGCGAGUUCUGAGGAUGGGGUAUCAGAGUUCUGGGCUGCUCAGAUGUCGGAGCGGAGUUUCUCAGCGUCGAAGAGCACGGAGGCUCGGAGUACUAGUUUUCGGAGAUACGUUGCUCGGAGGGACGCGGUGAGUUGCUUCUGGGUAAACACUGGCUGGAAAUUGUGUGCGUUGACGGCAGAGUAG